UCUCUCUUUUGAUUUUUUUACAUCGCAGACGAUAUUUUACUUUUCACCCUUGUAUAUUCAACAACUUACCUUUUUUCAUGACAUCCUCCAGGAAUCGAGGGAAUCCAAUAAUCAACUAGAUAAUUGGACAAAUUUUGUAAAAACUCAUUUUCCUCUGGACCCAACUGUAAAAAGUAAACUGUUAUUCAUCGACCUUUGACUGUAUCGGAGUGAUACUUUUAUAUCUUGAUAUUUGAUCUGCUACUAAACGGAUAUUAAUCCAUCUGGUUAAACCAUUCCUUCAUCGAUCAACUUUCACCAUUUCUAUUAACUUUUAUUUAAUUUAAUCAGCCAAAGUUGACUUGUUUAAUUGUUCAAUUGGAAUUAUCUAAUCAUCUAAAGUCUUAUCGUCAUACACUUUUGUUGUUCCGUCUAGGAAGUUUCAAUUUUAUCUUGUUAAGGAGACUUUUUUGAUUGUUUUUUUGUGAGUGUUCAUCUCUUUUAUUCUAGGGUCAUCUGCAUCAUGGCCCUUACUCCAAGAAUUAAAUCAGCUAUCUUCUUCACCUCUGGAUUUAUUUUAUUUACUGUUUCAGCUAUAGUUUAUACCAUUUAUAAUCACAAAACUCAUUAUCAGUAUGGUGUUCUUAUUGAUUCAGGUAAUCCAAAUAUAACAAUCAGUUUAUAUCGCUGGCCUGUUGAUCGUUACAACAAAACUGGCCUCGCUGAAUUAGCAGAAACAUGCAUUUCAAAUGAUUUAACCGAGUAUUUGGCUAACUCUAGUGAUUUAUCACCAGUAUUUCAACCCUGUCUCUCACGUGUGAUUGGGUCAUUGGAUAAUGAUGAACCAACAUCAACAUCUUCUGCUAGUCAAUUAUUUUUCACCGUUUCAGGACCAUUAUUCUUACUCAACAUGACAUCACACCAAGAAGUGUCGUCUUUGGUUGAUUCAGUCUCAGCCUAUUUAUCCAACAAUACCAAAUUGAAUGUUCAACCAGUUACCUUCAUUGGCGAUGAAAACGGUGCAAUUUAUCCAUGGAUUGCAGUCAACUCUCUUGAAGCUCGAACCCAUUCAGAGUCAAUCGGAUCACCUAAACAUUCUGGAGUAAUUGAAAUAUCAUACACCGAGUCAUCUAUAUCGCUUGAAGUAAAAAAUAAAUCGCUAAUUCCUUCAGAACAAGUUAAUUCUUUGGUUGAUAUCAGCUUGUUUGGUAAAAACCAUUCACUGUAUGGCAAGAAAUAUUCCUGCUUUGGUAGUGAUAAAGGUCGUCUUCGAUAUAUUACCGAGUUGAUUGUGGAUUCUCGUGAAUCAACACUCGGUGAUCCAUGUCUUCCAAUCGGUGUUAAUCAAACAAUCAACACACAGGAUUUAAUACAAAUGCGAGAUCCAUGUUUGCACACUUCUAAAUCAAUGGAGUUGAACAAGGAAUACACUUUGAUGGGUAAAGGUGAUGGACAAACCUGCUCAAAAAUGAUCUCAGAUUUGCUUGAUAAAUCAAAAUGUGAAGAUAAUCCUGCCACUUGCUACAAAUCACCUUCCAUUGCUCCAGAUGAUGUUGUAUACACUGCAGUAGCUGACUUGCUUUACCCCGUAACUGUCCUCAAAUUACCAGCCAACCAUUCAAUUGACGAGAACGAUUACUUCAAUCAAUCCAUCUCUUUGUGCGGAAUGUCUCGAGAUGAUUUACUAAUUACAUCAGGCGGUAAACUUGCUCCAACCUCUCUGUGUUUCCAAUUGCUCUACAAUUAUCACAUAAUCCAGGAUGUUUUUGGUUUAAAGGGUAAUUGGUCCAAAAUUGUGUUUGAUCCCAGUUUGAGAGGAGACAGUACAAUCAAUUGGUCAACCGGAUUUAUGAUUAACGCAACCUCAUCAAUACCCAAUUUAACGGCCCCUAAACACUGGAUAAGUACAAUCUGUUGUAUUGUAUUAAUAACAAUCGCCGCAGCUUACUUGGUUUGUGGCUUCUACUUCCUAAUUGCUUCAUUGAGAGCUCAAAGAGUACCUAACAAGGAAAUUUAUCAACCAAUUCAACAGCAACCUCAACCAUAAUUAUAAUUAACUAUUAAGAAUUUUUUCUCAGUGUUUUUGUGCAUUUAUUUUCCACAGAGCGUUUCUUUACCAAUUGUGUAUCAAAACAAAAAGAGUACGAUGUCUAAUGUCAAUAUAUUAAGCAAGAGAACAAGAAAAGUGACAAUACAAAGUUAUCAUAACUAUCAAAUUUAAUUACAAUCUGUUCAUCAAUCUUUUUUUUCAAUUCCGUCUCAUCUUCACAAUGUAAUAACAAAAAAAAGAUCAAUUUUUGCUUUAAUAAUUUCUAUCUCCAUAUUUUUGGUAAUUAAAAGAGAUUCAUAUUUUCAAAUGUA